AUGGACUCCCAGCGCAGCCCCGCGCCGCCGCCGCCGCCGCCGCCCCCUCCGGCGCUGCCCUCCCCCCCAGCCGCCGUGCGGGGCGAGCGGUUGCGGGCGCUGCACUGGGAGCCGCUGUCCGCGGCGCGGGUGCGGGGCCGCCGCUCGGUGUGGGCACCGCGAACCCCCCCGCCGGUUCUGGACCUCCCCCGACUGCGGCUGCUGUUCCGGGAGCCCCGCGGCGCGUCCCCGGGGCAGCGCCCGCCGCCCGUGGCAGCGCUGCUGGAGCCCAAGCGGAGCAUCGCCCUCGGCGUCCUCCUGAAGCAGCUCAAGCGCCCGGUGCGGCAGAUCGUUCGGGACGUCGAGGAGGGCGUCGGGGCACCGUACGGCGCGGAGCUGCUGCUGGAGCUGUCCCGGCUGCUGCCCGGCGCCGUGGAGGUGUCCCGGCUGCGCGCUUUCUCUGGCUGCCCUCAGCAGCUGCCCGAGCCCGAGCUCUUCAUGCUGCUGCUGCUGGAGGUGCCCAGCUACGCGCAGCGCCUGGAGCUGAUGGUGCUGCAGGAAGAAUUCUCCCCGCGGCUCAGCGCGCUCCGCGCCUCCAUCCAAAUCCUGACCGACGCCGCCGAGGAGGUGGUGCGGUGCGAGGAGCUGCACGCGGUUCUGCAUCUCGUCCUGAGCGCGGGGAACCACCUGAACGCGGGCGGCUACGCGGGCAGCGCCGCCGGGUUUCGCCUGGCCUCGCUGCGGAGGCUGCCCGACACCAGGGCCAACGUGCCGGGUGUAGACCUCCUGCACUUCGUGGCCAUGGAGGCGGCACGGACGGACGGACGCCUGUUGGACUUCCCGAGCAAACUGCCGCACGUGGGCCCGGCCUCGCGGUGCGGGAUCGAAGAGGCGGAGGUGGAGGCGGAGCUGCGGCGACUGUCUGCGCGCGUGGCGGAGGCGCGGGGUGCGGGAGCGGCGCUGUGUGCGGGGCUGCGGCCGUUCGUGCGGGCGGCGGAGGCGGAGCUGCGAGCGGUGCGGGCGGAGAGGGAUCGGAUGUGCGGAGCGGCGGCGGCGGCGCUCGACUUCUACUGCGAGGAGGCGGCGCCGGGCGCGCUGCGGGAGCUGUGUGCGGUGCUGCACGGCUUCGCGGGCCGCUUCCUGAACGCCGUGCAGGAGAACCGCGCCCGGGAGCUAUCGCAGCGCCGACGGCAGCAGCUCGAACUGCAGCGGGACAAACGGCGUUCCGUCGCCACGUGCUCGUUGCGGGACGCGGAGCUCGACGGAUCCGCCCGACCCCUCCGCGCCGCUCCGGCGCUGCUCCGGCGGAACACGGCCCCGGCGCUGCCCGAGCUGCGGGGCGGCCCCGAACCCCCGCGGCCCGAGAGUUUCCCCUCCGACCCGCCUCCCUCCGCCCCCCUGCCCCCCUCCCGCCUCUCCGCGCUGUUCUCUCGAUGGGGAUCCCGCCGCGCUCCCCCCGCGCCGUCAGGCGGCCCGGCGCUGUUCGGUUUUUUGCGGCGCCUGGCGGGCGGGGCGGCGCGCGGAGCCCCCCCGAGCUGAGAGUCGGCGGGUUUUAUCCUCCCCUGUGCUUCUGUGUGACGAUAAUAAAUGCUUUGGAAUUCC